AUGGUAAGUGUGCCUAUUUUGAAGGGUUCUAAAAAAAAGAUGGGUUCUAACCACAUCUCACAUUUUGAGGAACAUAAUAAAAAUGAUCAUAUAAAUAAUCGUCAAAAAAUAUCUUUAUGCAAAGAUAUCAAAGUUGGAAAUAAAAAAAAAUCAAUCAAAAAAGGUAGCAAUUGUGUGCAAUCAAAUCGGAAUAAAAUAAUAGAAAUAACCAAAAACAAUGAUAAAAUGAAUAAUGAAAAUAUAAAAUACUCAGAUUUAAAAGAAAAAAAAAAAAAAAGGUUUUCUAAAGUUUUUGUUAAAACCAUAAAUAUGUUAUUUACAGAAAUAUUUAUAAAAUCAUUUCAAACAAUGUUAUCAUAUGCUAUAACAUCAUCAUUUUUUAUUUUACUAAAUUUAUAUAUGUCUAGUAGUUGCAAAUAUGAAGAAAUAGCUGGAUUUGGUGUUUCUUUAUCUAUUAUAUCGCUAUUAAAUUCUGUAGUUGAGGGGUUUUGUAGUAGUUUAGAUUAUUUUUGUAGCCAAUCAAUUGGAAUCAAAGAUAUAUAUAAUUCUUUUUUAUUUUUAAAUAGUGCAUAUUUUUUAUUUUUUAUAUUUUAUGUAUUACUUGUUUUAAUAUUUUUUUUAAUAAAACUUUUAAUUUAUUAUGCAAUAGAUUUAAAAUAUAUUCAUAUUUUCAUGGGUAUUGAAUUGGAUAAUGAUAUUACACAAGGGUAUUAUUUUAAAAUUAUGGACGUAUUUUUUUCGAGUUUCAAAAUAUUAUUAUUUUCUUUUUAUCCAUAUUUUUUAUUUGAAUCCACUAGAAGAUUUUUAAUUUUGCAUAAUAAUAUUUACCCAAGUUUAUUUACAUCUUUUUUUUCAUUUUUUGUAUUAAAUUUUUUUUGUUAUAUUUUUGUUUUUAUAUUUUCUAUGAGUCAUGUUGGCGUUUCUUUGGCAUGGCUUGUAACGAAUAUUAUUAGUUGUCUUUUUAUUUUUUAUUUUUUGAGAAAUUAUAUUCAAGAGUGUUCACUACUUUUAGAGUUAGAUAUUAGAAUUCCUUUUCUGUCUCCAAACUCAAAAUCUGAAGAAAAUAUCAUAGAACCCGUUUCGAUAUCUUCAACAAAUAAUAUAGAUGUACAUCAUUAUUUUCAAAAGCAAAAUGAUCAUUAUCAUAUUCUAGAUAUUGAAGAAAAUCAUAAUAACAAUAAAAAACAAAAUUUAUAUAAAAAUGAGAUAUUAUUUCACGAUAAAGGGGAUAUAUUAUUUGAAAAUUCCCAAAAAAAUGAUAUAAAUAUAUUUUUACAAAAAAAUCAAAUAUGCAAAAUAAAUUUCUUAUUUUUUCAUAUUCCCUCAAAAAACAUUAGGAACAAAUUUUUAAAUAUUACAAAAACAAAUAUUAAAAAUAUAUUUUUUGAAAUUCUUUCAUUCGAAAUGCAAUUGUUUGAAUCAGCAUAUCUUAAUUUAACAUCUGUUGCAGUAUUUAUCCAAAUAAAUAAUAUGAUGGGUUUUGUUUAUAAUGUAUCACAUUCUUAUGGUAUAUUUUUAGCAAAACUUAUGGGUAUAUAUAUAUCUCGAAAAAACAGAAUACAAGAAUAUUCAAAAAAAAAUAUCAUAGAAAAUAAGAAAAAUUUAUCAGAUUUGAUAGAUGCAAAUAUAGAACACAUUAUAUUAUAUAGAAUGCAAUUUGGAAUUUUAUUUAUUUUAUUAUUAUUAUUUCUUUAUACCUGUUUAGCAAUUUUAUAUAUAUAUCAUGAACAAAUUAUCACCUUUUUUUACAGUAAUAUAGAAAUGAGGAAUUAUUUGAUUAAAGUUUUUUUUAUAAUAACAAUUGAAUCACUUUUAGAAGUUUUGGCAGCUUUUCUAAAUAAUAUAAUAAAAGGAUUAGGAUUACAAGACAAAAUCUCUUUUUUUACAUUUCUUAAUUUUAUGUUAUUAAUGCAACCAUUCGGACUUAUUCUAACUUUUGGUUUUUCUUUGGAUAUUUAUGGAUUUAUAUAUUCAACUAUAAUUAGUAUGAUUAUUCAAAUUUCUUAUUUAUCUGUAUUUAUAUUUAAAGCUCUUUAA